AGUCAGUGGUUUUUGGUAGUGGUUUAUGUUGGUGGUUUAUGUUAGCGGUUUUUGUUAGCGGUUUUUGCAAGCGGUUUUUAUAUGUGGUUUAGGGUAGUUGUUUAAUGCUAGGUGGUUUAAGUAAGCCGGUUUAUUGAAUUUGUUUCUUGUUAAUGGCUCUCGUUAAUUGUGGUAUAUGCUAGCGGUUUAGUUGUGUGGUUUAGGGUUUGUUUUCCAGUUAGUUAUCUUUCAUGUAAUGUUAUGCUGUUUAAUUUAGCAAAAUGGUUAAUGUAAACCGGUUUACUGUAAACCGGUUGAUGUGAACCGGUUUACUGUAAAACCUGUGUAGUUAUAUAUCUCAGUAUGCGGUUCUUUUCAUGCGCAGCCCGAGCGAUGCAUUAGGAGCAUGAGGCGGCAGCAGGGCAUGCGUCUUGAUGACAGAUACGUUCCAUACUUGCAGAUGGCAGGGCUAUACCAUCUUGCAAGGCUGAACGACCGGUGGUUCCGGGUAGACGAGGCGCUCGUCAGUGCAUUCGCGGAGAGAUGGCGUCCCGAGACGCACACUUUUCAUAUGCCGUUCGGAGAGUGCACGAUCACACUCCAGGACGUGGCAUACCAGCUGGGUUUGCCAGUCGAUGGUCGUUACGUGAGCGGGUGCCUGUCAGAGUUCCAUAUAUACAUCGAUGGCGGCCGUCCACCCUGGGUCUGGUUCCAGGAGUUGCUAGGAGUUAUACCUCCUCCCAGUCAGGUUCAGAAGUACGCAGUGAACUGCAGCUGGUUUCAGGAGACCUUUGGUGAGUGCCCUGAGGAUGCAGAUGAUGACACUGUUCGCCGAUAUGUCCGUGCGUACAUCAUGAUGUUGCUGGGCACGCAGCUGUUUGCGGACAAGUCUGGCAACCGGAUUCACAUUAGAUGGCUUCCAUAUGUAGCGAGGCUGGAGGAGCUGGGUACGUACAGCUGGGGUUCGGCAGUACUGGCCUGGUUGUACCGGUGCAUGUGCAGAGUGGCAAACAGACAUGUUGUGAAGUUAGCGGGCCCUCUUCAGCUACUGCAGUCUUGGAUCUUUUGGCGGUUUCCUCAGUUUAGGCCUGCAGGAUAUGAGACUUUCAGCUGGCCGUUGGCGUCGAGGUACUAUACUGGGCCUAUUCUUUUUCAAUAUGACUUACAGAAUUGCGUGUAUGUUAAUACUCUAUUGCAUAAUGUAAACACAUAUAUUAGUAUAUGUAACUCAUGUGUAUGGUGCAGAUGGGCAGGUUACAACCCUUCCGGUAACGAGAAGGGUCCGAGAGUGCAGAUGUGGAAGCUUAGGAUAGACCGGUUACAGUCCAAGGAGUUUAUAUGGAUGCCGUAUAGUAGCCCCAACGUACUUCAGGUGUUGCAUCCGGAGGUUUUGGAGCCUCGGCACAUGGCGGUGUGGCGCUCUGUGACCGCGCUGAUCUACUUUGCUGUCAUAGAGUGGCAUCAGAUAGAUCGUGUUCUUCCUCAGUUUGGAGGGGUACAGGCCCCUCCGCGUCCCGCCUUGAACAUCGACUUUCUGAUGUCCAAGGACGGGAGAGGCGGCGAUCGAUGGUUCCCCUCUUCCAUGCGGAAGUGGCAUGCAUACUGGGACGCUCGUCAUGACAGUGUAUUGAGGUUCGACGUUGUUGCCGACCCUGGACCGUCUCAUCAGUUCCUUCAGUGGUGGAGUCAGCAUGGGAAGAGGUUCUUGGCCCCGGACACUCAGCUGGGGGAUCCGAGAUCAGUUCCUAUACCAGUUGAGUCCUCACAGCGGGGUCCGGGGCGAGUGCCUGACAUGGAUCCUCUGGAUGACGUGCCUGACAGGCGCAGGGUUGAGAGGAGGAUGGGUGUAGGGACACGGAGGAGCCAGCGUCAGUUCAGGUGGCCGGAUCAUACGGCGAGGAGUGGUUCUGACCAUGGGGACGACGAUGACGACCAGCCUGGCCACGUUGGAGGAUGCACACACGAUGGAGGUACUAGUACACACGAUGGCGGUCAUGGAGGUGAGUGGUAUGGCACAGGGGUCGGUGACGGGGCUGACACUGGUGCCGCUGGACCUGGAUCGGUCCCUCUUGGAGAUUACUUCGUUGGUGUGCCAGCGGAUGAUCAGGCUGAGCAGGGUGGUACACCUUGGCGCAUAUCAGGAUCACAGUGGGCAGACUUUGUUGGGUCAGACUCGCUUGUUGGGGACUUCGGGAGUCCACGCUUCCUAGAUGAGAUCACCGCCAUCAUGCAGGGUGACGUGACCCCCCGCAGAGCUGGCCAGACCUCAGGGAUCCAGGCCCCCUUAGAUGUUGAUCUGAACGAGCCUCCAUUCUCAUCCGCUGGUCAGCAGUUUCGUCUUGGAGGUACCCCUACAUCCGCCUUCACCGCUGCAUCAGAGUCUAUCGCAGGAUCGUCGGCAGCCCCGUUGCGUGUUGCGCCACCAGUACAGCCUGCUCCGCAGGAGGAGGAGGAUGAGAUAGAGGAUGAGGAGCCGCCUGUCCGUCGAGGUCAGAGGGCACGGGUAGCACGUCGCUGUGGUACUGGUUCGCAUCUGUUUAGAUGAGUCACAUUUCAUGUAUUUUGUUUCCUCUAUUUCAGUCAUGUAUGAUAGUUAGGUGUACUUUUCUUGUUAUGUAGUGCUCUGUUUAUGUAUGUUGUUAGUAACUUGUGUUCGGGGACGUUGACUAUUUGUAUUAAAUGAUACAUGACAAGGUAUAAUGAUUUCGUUUAGUUAUUAAAAUGAGGAUCAACGAGUCCUGUAGUAUUACUUGUAAUGAAAGACAACAUACUCAUUACUACUCGCAAAUACCAAAGUACAAUGCAUUAAUCUCAACAAGUUACAUACGUGGUCAAGCAAUGCAUCUAAUAAGACAACUUAAAUGUAAAUAACACUAAGAAUAACAUCAUGGAAGCUAAUUUCGCCCUGUCUGAGACGAUCCUACUACCUGUGGGCAUCUACGUCUAGUGUGUCCGGGUUGGCGACAAAGGCCACACCAUUUUGGCCUGUUUGGAUCUGCCUCAUCUAUAUUUGUCCGUAUCCUUGUGGAUCUAGGCCUCCCCUCUCUCGCACGCCUUCUGUUUGGGUCCGGAAUCACGGUGGGCCCAUCGUAGGGUGGCCAGAAGCCCUCCGGGAUUGGAGGUGUGAAUCCCAACCGAUAGACAUUGAACACCGAGCUAAUCUGAUAGACGCUAUGAACAUAGGAGCUCCAGCUCACACGUGCGUAGGCACAGCAUGCAAGUGCGUGCUGACACGGGAAAUGAAGCGCCUAAAA